GGUUUAUACCAGCAGGAUCGACUAACUCGGUUACACAGAGUCUGAAGAACUCCCUGGAGGAAACGCCGGAGGACUGAGUGUCUGUAAAGAAUCAACACCAUCUGGAAGAUUGGAAUCAACAUGUCUGCCACAAGUCUCCCUACAGGCAGCAGCAGCUCCUCUGGGUUUACCACUGCAGCACCUCCCAGCGCAGGUCUCCGUGUGGGUGCCGCCGACAUCGCUGUGGUCGUCGUCUACUUUAUUUUUGUCAUGGCGGUUGGAAUCUGGGCAUCAGCGCGAGCCAAUCGCAGCACUGUGAGGGGCUACUUCUUGGCUGGCCGUUCAAUGUCUUGGUGGCCUAUUGGAGCUUCUCUGAUGUCCAGUAAUGUUGGAAGCGGUUUGUUCAUUGGUCUAGCGGGAACAGGAGCAGCCGGAGGCAUCGCUGUCGGGGGAUUUGAAUGGAAUGCGGCGUGGGUCCUGGUGGCUCUGGGUUGGAUCUUUAUCCCUGUCUACAUCUCUGCUGGUGUGGUGACCAUGCCUGAAUACCUGGCCAAACGCUUUGGAGGCCGGAGGAUACGCAUAUACAUGUCUGUUCUGUCACUCCUCCUCUACAUCUUCACCAAAAUAUCUACAGAUAUAUUUUCGGGGGCACUAUUUAUCCAGGUAUCGUUGGGCUGGGAUCUCUACCUGUCUACAGGCGUUCUGCUGCUGGUCACUGCUGUUUACACUGUGGCAGGUGGUUUGGCAGCAGUGAUCUACACUGAUGUGCUCCAGACUGUGAUCAUGGUGGGGGGAGCCUUUUCUCUAAUGUUCAUAGCAUUCUCCAAAGUUGGCUGGUACAACGGCCUUGUUGAUGGUUAUAUGUCAGCUGUUCCCUCGGUGACGGUCGCCAACACCACCUGCCACCUGCCUCGUAGUGACGCCUUCCACAUGCUCAGAGACCCCGUGUCGGGGGACUUACCCUGGCCAGGUCUGGUGUUUGGGCUCAACGUACUGUCUACGUGGGUCUGGUGCACGGAUCAGAUUAUAGUCCAGAGGUCUCUGUCAGCCAAGUCUUUGUCUCAUGCCAAAGGAGGCAGCGUGUUGGGAAGCUACCUCAAACUGCUGCCAAUGUUCUUUGUCGUCAUGCCAGGCAUGAUCAGCCGAUCACUGUUCCCAGAUGAGGUGGGCUGUGUGGAUCCAGCAGUGUGUCAGAGUGUGUGUGGAGCUUCAGUCGGUUGCUCCAACAUCGCCUACCCUAAACUAGUGGUGGAGCUGAUGCCUGCGGGUCUUCGUGGUCUGAUGCUAGCGGUGAUGUUAGCUGCUCUGAUGUCAUCGCUGACCUCCAUCUUUAACAGCAGCUCCACUCUGUUUACACUGGAUCUCUACCACAGAGCCAGACCUGACGCCUCGGAGAGGGAACUCAUGAUAGUCGGAAGAGUGUUCAUCCUGGUCUUGGUGUGUGUUAGUCUGUUGUGGAUUCCAGUCAUCCAAACAGCCAACAGUGGACAGUUGUUUGAUUACGUCCAGUCAGUCACCAGCUUUCUAGCUCCGCCCAUCACCGCCGUUUUCCUCAUGGCUAUCUUCUGGCCACGUGCCAACGAGCAGGGUGCAUUCUGGGGUCUGAUGGCGGGACUAGCGGUGGGACUGAUCCGCAUGGUUCUGGAGGUCUCCUAUGGAGCUCCUUCCUGUGGUCAGCCUGACCGACGGCCUGCUGUCCUGGCCGAUGUCCACUACCUGUACUUUGCUCUCAUCCUGUUGGCUCUCACCUGCAUUAUCAUUGUUGCUGUCAGCUUGGCCACGGCCCCGAUACCUAAAGAACAUCUGUACAGGCUGACCUGGUGGUCCAGAUAUAGCCAGGAGCCUCGGGUCGACUUCACAGCUCCCCCGACGACCUGCGCCGACCCAGUGACCUCUGACCUCAGCCUGGACUCUGACCGCUCGCCAGAUUCCUGGUGGCGUAGAGGUGCCCUGUGGCUCUGCGGUCUGACUGGUCCGAGCUCUGGAUCUGUACCUCCGGCGGUUGAAAACAGCGAACUGAACUCCCUGCAGGAGGAGCCGCUCUGGAAGAGAGUCUGCGAUGUGAACGCCCUGCUUCUACUGACUGUUAAUGUGUUUCUCUGGGGAUAUUUUGCCUAAUAAGUUGCUAUCAGUAAAGGUUAGAUCGAUGUAGCUGCUGGACUGGCAUUUGACCCUUUUUUUGGAUGAAAUGAACGGCUUUGUCCAGUGGAUAAACCAAUCUUUCAUCAGCAAAGACAUAUAAUAAUAUUAAUGAUCAUGGCACACAUUUAACCACUGACAAAGGUCACUUUUUAAACUCACUAAAAAAGACAGCUGAGAGAGCCCGAGUGACGCUUCCACGCCCAGACGUGGACACGCAAUAUAACUAUAUCAGCAAAUUUGGACAAUUAUGGAAAAGAAAAAGAUAUUUCCUUGCAACUCACAAUCCAUAUUGUGCCAUCUCUGUGAAGCGGUGCCUCAUUAUGUCAUGAUUAUCUUACCAAGACCCUUUUUUCAGGAACGACACACAAAGAAACUGUAGACUCAAGGAUAUUUAAGAACCAAUCGUUCCAUAAUGAGUCAUAAAUAUAGUAUAGUAAGUUUGUUCUCUAGUAAGUCAACAUUAUCUAAUAUGUAUAGCUAUUGAUUCAGUAAGUCAGGAACUAUUUUAUUAAUGAUUUGUCAAUCAUCAGAUUGUUCCUGAUUUCGUCUUGUUUCGCGGUAACUUGGCAAAACUUUGUUCUGAAUUGUAAAAGUGUCACUCAAAUUUCUUCUUUUUACUGUAUUUGAAUUGAUACUGGAAUGCUUAAAGGUCCUAUAUCAUGCUGAUGUUGCUAGAUAUUGUAGUGUUUCUACACAUAGAACAUGUUCACAUACUGUAAUGCUAAAAAAAAACUUUAUUUUCCUCA